GGGGCUGAGUGAGUGCUGGGCGCCUGCGGGGGCCUCUGAGGUGCCGGUCCCGGGGAGGCUGCUCCACCCACAACUGUGUGGUCGCGAUCUGGGUGCUCCAGGCAGCGCUGGGGCGGGGGGCAGCGGCUGGCAGGCACCAGGCAGAGUCUGGCGCUAGGAACAAUGCCGAGAGCAAAGGCAGGACAACAGAAGCCCAAGGAACCGCCUCCAACUGUCCUUCCGCUUCUCCAGAAGUUUCUGAGGACAUACGAGAAGUGCUGCGCGCAAACCCAGACGUCGCCGUGUCCGGCCCUGCAGAGGGACCUGAGAAGCAGCAUCAGCAACGAGCAGGUGCUCAGGAAGCUGACCCUGGUGAGAGCUGAGGACACGGCACCAAGACCGCGGCCGGUCUCCCUGGAGCCCCUGCUGAUGGCCAUGGCAGAAGCCACUUACACGCAGGGCACAGAGCUCUGCCUCUGGCGCCUUCGGCUGAGCAACCCGGAGAUCGCGAGACUUGCUUCGUACUUGGAGUCAAAGGGUCCUGCCGGCUGCCCCCUCACCACGCUGGUGUUCAUGGAUUGCCAGAUGAGCCUGUGGUCCCUGGGCCGCCUUGGGAACACGCUGCAGCUCAGCGCCUUGCACUGGCUCACCCUGGAUUAUUGCAAGUUGGGCGGCGAAGGCCUGGGGCUCGUCCUCGCAGGCCUCGAGACCAACCAGAGGCUCCGCGGCCUCAGCCUGCGCCACUGUGGGCUGGGGCCGCCCAGCGGGGAGCCGCUGGCCGCUGUCAUCCUGCUCAGUGCCAUCUGUGAGCUGCGCCUGGACGGGAAUUACCUGCAGUGCUCUGGAGCGCAGGCUCUGCUUGGACCCCUAGCCCAGUGCACCGAGGGGCAGGCGCGAGACGCAUCAGCUGCCCCGGCACCAGACCCUGGGACUCCUUCUCAAGUGCUCCCAGCCACACACCAGGGACGUUCCAGUCUGAACCGGGCAACCAAGCCAUCUGGAGCCAUCAGAGCCAGGAUGGUUCCAGAAAAGACAAAGAGGAAAAAAGGAAUCAGGAAAAAAAGCAAAGGUUUGGCAGAAGCUGGUCCUUGGUUGGUGAAAUUGAGCUUGGCGGACAAUGGCAUUGAUGGCAGAGGGGAAGGCGGAGAGGGCUGCUUGCUGGGAUUCAUCCGGCUUUUAAGUUGCCUGAUCCAGUCCUCGGCCCACCUACGGGAAAUUGACCUUGGGAGCAACGUCCUGGGCGAGAAGGCAGCCGCGGGCAUCCUGGAAGCACUCAGAGCCAGGAAGACAGGUAAAUUGCCAGCCUUGAAAAUCAUCGUCACGCCUCAGAUUUCUUCAGAAACCUUCAGAUCUAUUUGGAAAAGCAGCCAGAAAUCCAGAGUCAGCCAGAAAAAGAAGAAAAAGGCAAAAAACUGAGCACGAGGGUCCGAACAUGCAGAUGCUGCCCAUGUCCUUGGCCACCCAGACAUGCUUCGCUGAGGAAAACAUGGUUUAUUCUAGAGCAGUUUCACCGUGCCCAAGUCCCUUUCCGAGUUCUAAACCGCGACGAGUAUUUCACGAGUGCACCAUGCGGUGUUCACGCUGUCACCCUUGUCAGUCUCUAAACUGUGUGUUUCACAAGUAUAUCUUAGCAAAAGAGAAAAAGCUCGGAUUCUUCCCUUCUGCCCGUGCUAUUUAUAAUUGGAAGGAAAUCGAGAUCUUUAUCUGAGAAGGAAAGAAUCUUUUUCUCACAAAUGUUUCCACGCUUAGGAACAGUUGGAAUGUUGGUUUAAAAAAAAAAAAAAGUGCUUCCUAAAGACAACAUCCCUAAAACUAAGAAGAGGCACCCAAAGGGGGAGAGUUCGGAUUGAGCAUCCCACCCCACCCCCCAAAGAUCUCAGACAGGUUCAUGGGAGGUGGGCGAGGGGUGAGCAGAGAUGUUGAAUGAGGCUCAUACGUCGUGGAAAUGUGGCGCAGAGAGGAAAGUGUGUGCCGGGAAUUCAGGGUGUCACGGUCUCCACCCUGUUCGCCACCUGUGUGACUUGGAUAAGUCAGAAAGCCUUCCUGUGCCUCAGUUUCUCCUGACACAGACAGGAAAUGGCACCUAUCUCAUACCCCGGGCAUGGAAUUCAGAUGACCCACAUCCAACAGAGCAAGACAAUUUCUGUUUCUUAGAAUGUACUCAAAUGGUCUCAGAGGGCUCCUGUGUUUGUCAUUACUGCUGAUAUUAGAAAGGAAUAAUUUAAUUAUUUCACCUAGAACAGCUAUGUUGGGAGAAUAGAAGAGAAAAUCCUUUUUAUUUUGCUGGUUUAAAAAAAAACCAACUGGGCUGGAUCGAUAGUACAGCAGGUAGGGCAUUUGCCUUGCACACACGGCCGA